AUUUCCACGGACACGAUGUUGUGACUUUUACCCACAUAGUUUUUUCCUUCAUGUAGACACUAGCUGCAAACUGAUUAGUUGUCAAGCCUCCAGUUUGUUCCACGCCUUGCGGCAUUGCAUCUAUAUAAGCAAACACCAUGCAUCCUUGAGGAAUAUCCACUUGAAUCAUUGUAGGAGAAUCAUCGUAGAUCAUUGUGCCUUUCAGUUUUGACAUGGCGAGGCAUAUACUGUCUCUACUUUUAGCACUUCUGCUUGCAAGUUCUGGUCUUGCCACUUGCUUUCGCUUCACCUCCCUCGCAAAAGCAUGCAAACCUACUGGCUACCUUAGAGGCAAGGCCGGCAAGUGCAACACCAAGAACCAGUCCGAGUGUUGCAAGGCUGAAGAGAAGUACCCUCAGUACCGCUGCUCACCGCCGGUGACCGAAGCCACCCAUGCAACGAUGACCAUCAAUAGCUUUGAAGAAGAUGGGGAUGGUGGUGGACCUUCAGAGUGCGACGGUAAGUACCACAGUGAUAAAAAGAGGAUCGUGGCCCUCUCAACUGGAUGGUACAAAAAUGGUAGCCGAUGCGGCAAAAAGAUCAGGAUCCAUGCAAAUGGUAAGUCUGUGCUGGCCAAAGUUGUUGAUGAGUGUGAUUCCGUGAAUGGUUGCGACACCGCGCAUGACUUCCAACCACCGUGUGAUAACAAUAUAGUGGAUGCAUCAAGGGCGGUGUGGAAGGCUCUUAAGAUCCCGCGUUCGCAGAUUGGGAACUAUAGCAUUGCUUGGACCGAUGCAUGAUAUAAUAGCGGUGAUCUCAUAUUGGAAAACUAUGUUAUGCAAGUGUAAUGAAUUCCAAAGUUACUC